CAGAACUAAUGGCCGCACACACUGAAGCUUUGGUCGCUGUGGAACUGCAAUGUAUCGCACGAGGGAAACCAAGACGGUAUGGACUUGUAUGUCUCCCUACUAGGGACGAUUUGGAUAAGAUUAGAAAUCGGCACAAAAACGGUCCCGUGAGAAUUGAACAGGAGCCGCGAGGCUUGCACGUAAAAACGGAGGUGAACGCGAUGGAGUAUGAGCAAGCAGUAUCCAUGAAAACCGAUGAAUGGAAAGACAUUGUGUCACUGGAUGCAGCCUCGC